AUGUCUAAGAGGAUAGCUGACAAGAUAUGCCUCACCAAGAUAGAGCCAUCAUCCAUCUCCAUCAACUAUGCUGAUUCAUUCUCACAAACACCCUAUGGCUUUGUGCCUAAUGUGAUGGUGCAGAUUGGAAAUUGCUCUAUCCCUACUGAUUUUCCAGAUUGUGGAAAUGAGAGAGAAACUCUUUUGUUGACAUGGUCCAAAGAGGAGAAAGUUACUUUGAAGCCACCCCAAGAAGGAGAAACUGAAGAAACAAUCAAGGAAGAUCCCAUUCCUAAGCCCAAGCAGCUUGCCAAACAAGCAAGGAGUAAGACUAAGGCCCCUACACCAAAACCGCCCAAGGGAUCAACCAAGAUUGAAGAUGAGGUCAAGCCAAGAAGGAAGGUUAGAAAACCUAGGUCUGGCCGCAACAUGAAGCUUCUAUUCCCAAAGGAGCUUAUUGAUGAGAAUCUAGAAGGAUUCAAGGAGAGAGUGACAAGAACUCUAAAGCUUUUUCCUAAGGCAGUAGUGCCAAGGGACAUUCAUGGAGAGAUUGUCUAUCCAGCUGUGAAUCACCCACCAGAUACUCAUUGCAAGGAGAAAAGACUUGGAGGAUCAAAGAUGCCUCUUGUCUCUAUCUUCUCCUGA